ACCCCCCAAGAAAAAAAAAAAAAAAAAAAGGAAAAAAAAAAAAGAGGGCGUGGGGGGUGGGGGGAUCCCGUGUCGCCGCCGCCACCCUCCGCUGGAUCUAUUGUCAGGGAAGGAGGAAAUUGGCAGCCGGCGGCAGCGGCGGCACAUCUGGGCGGGCACAUCUGGGCAUGCAACAUCGGCUCCCGCCCGCCGCCGCCGUCCUCCAGCCGGCCGAGCGGAUCCCUCCGGGGCCCCCGCGGGGCGGCUCCGGCUCGCCAGCCCCGGGGCCCAUCUUUCGGGCUGAAUUAUUAAACCUGGCAGCGCGGGGGGGGGGGGUGGGGGGGAAAAAAAAACUGCUUUUUUUUUUUUUUUUUUUUUUUUUUUUUUUUCCCCCAUUCUCUCUCUCUUUUUUUUUUUUUUUUUUCCUUUCCCCCGGGAUCUAUUUCAUGGGGAUGUGUUCAAGGCAAGAGCGGAUUCAGAAGGAUAUUGACAUUGUGAUCCAAAAGUGCAAGGCGGAGAAGGACUGCCUGUUUGCAGAUUUCAGGUAUUCAGACUCCACCUUUACCUUCACCUACACUGGAGGCUCCAAAAGUGUAUCCUAUUCAGUGCAUGUCUCUGAGGACUACCCAGAUAACACGUAUGUUUCCAGUUCUGAUAACGAUGAAGAUGUGUUAGUAACAACAGAGCCAAUUCCAGUAAUUUUCCACCAAAUUGCUACAGAAUUAAGAAAAACUAGCGAUGUCAACUAUUGCUUAUCCAUAAAAUCAAAAUUACAGAGGGAGAAUGGAGAGGAGUCACAUCACAACAGCACAGUGGAAGAAGAUUCUGAAGGGGAUAAUGAUUCUGAAGAAUUUUAUUAUGGAGGACAGGUUAGCUAUGAUGGAGAACUUCACAAGCAUCCACAGUUGGAAGCUGAUUUGACAGCAGUGAGAGAGAUCUAUGGACCUAAUGCAGUAUCUCUCAGGGAAUAUGGAGCCAUUGAUGAUGUAGAUAUUGAUCUGCAUAUUGAUGUUAGCUUUCUUGAUGAAGAGAUUGCUGUGGCUUGGGAUGUAAUUCGCACAGAGCCCAUAGUAGUGCGAUUGCAUUGUUCGCUUACACAGUACUUAAAUGGCCCAGUGCCAACUGUGGAUGUAUUUCAGAUCUCUACUAAGGAGAGAUUUGGGCUGGGACAUCAGCUGAAAAAAAUCAUGCAGACAUUUGUAACACAACAGUGGAAGAACAGCAAAGAAAAAUCUAAUUGUACGCACAAUAAGAAGGUGUCUGACAAAAAGGUGAAAUCUCCUCUGCACAUCUUUUCUACACUGCGCAGGUCGCCAAGUUAUCCUCCACCUGGCUGUGGUAAAAAUAAAUCAAAACUGAAGUCAGAACAGGAUGGCAUCUCCAAAACUCACAAGCUGCUGAGGAGGACUUGCUCUAGCACAGUAAAGGCAGAGGAUGUGUGUGCCACAAAAUCUCACAGAACCUUUGGCCGCUCGUUGUCUAGUGACCCUAGGGCUGAACAGACAAUGGCUAUUAAAUCGCACAAACUGUUGAACCGUUCUUGCUCUGCAGCUGUCAAGCAGGAAGAGUGCAUCACUUUAAAGCCUCAUAAGUUAUUAAGUAGGUCGUGUUCUGGGGAUACUCGAUGUGAGCACAACAGCACCUUGAAGCCACAUAAACUUUUAAAUAGGUCUUACUCUAGUAAUCUUAGAAUGGAAGAAUUGGAUGGAUUGAAGAAUCAGAAGUUACUCAGCAAGACCUACUCCAAUGCCCCUAAAUCAUCCAAAAUGGAGCCUUUCAAGGAGUCCAACAUAGUAGAGGGCAGGAGGCUCUCUCUUACCUCAGGGCUUAUUGGUAUCUUAACACCAUCUUCAUCAUCACCUUCACAAGCUGCUCAAAAUUAUGGUGCAAAAUGCAUUCCAGUACGAGAUCGUGGCUUUCUUGUGCAGACUAUUGAAUUUGCUGAGCAGCGGAUACCAGUAUUGAAUGAAUACUGUGUUGUUUGUGAUGAACCCCAUGUGUUCCAGAAUGGCCCUAUGCUGAGGGUAAGUUGUAUGCUUGCUGGGAUAAACAAUACAUUUUCUAAUGCUGUAAGAACACAUGCAGAAGUGGUUGAUCUGUUAGUAUCCAUGUGUCGGUCUGCAUUAGAGUCACCUAGGAAAGUUGUCAUUUUUGAGCCAUAUCCUUCUGUAGUUGAUCCUAAUGAUCCUCAGAUGCUGGCCUUUAACCCCAGGAAGAAGAAUUAUGACCGAGUCAUGAAAGCAUUGGAUAGUAUCACUUCUAUUAGAGAGAUGACACAGGCACCUUACUUGGAAAUAAAGAAGCAGAUGGAUAAACAAGACCCACUUGCACAUCCUCUUCUACAAUGGGUUAUUUCUAGUAACAGAUCACACAUUGUGAAGCUUCCAGUGAACAGGCAACUAAAGUUUAUGCACACUCCCCACCAGUUCCUACUUCUCAGCAGUCCACCAGCCAAAGAAUCCAAUUUCCGAGCUGCUAAAAACCUUUACGGAAGUACCUUUGCAUUUCAUGGUUCACACAUUGAAAAUUGGCAUUCCAUCCUGAGGAACGGCUUGGUUGUUGCUUCCAAUACGAGGCUGCAGCUCCAUGGUGCAAUGUUUGGAAGUGGAAUCUACCUUAGUCCAUUGUCAAGCAUAUCAUUUGGUUACUCAGGGAUGAACAAGAAGCAGCAGAAGGUGUCAGCUAAAGAUGAACCAGCUUCAAGCAGUAAGGGCAGUAACACAUCACAGUCACAGAAGAAAGGACAACAGUCACAGUUUUUGCAAAGCCGUAACUUAAAAUGCAUAGCCUUAUGUGAAGUGAUAACCUCAUCUGAUCUGCACAAACAUGGGGAGAUAUGGGUAGUUCCCAAUACAGAUCAUGUGUGUACAAGAUUUUUCUUUGUUUAUGAAGAUGGUCAAGUGGGUGAUACAAGUAUAAAUACACAGGAACCAAGCAUUCAUAAAGAGAUUCUUCGAGUCAUUGGCAAUCAAACUGCUACUGGUUAAAAGGACCACUGUUAUUUAAUUGAUGUGAUUUGGAAGCCUUCCUCAGUCUCAAAGCUGGAUUUUGAACUGAAGAAGAUGCAAAAAACUAAUUUAUUAUUAUUAUUCUAAGCAAAUUAACCCUUUGAAUACUUACUGUUUUCUUACUUAGUAUUUCUUAUCUCAUCAAAAUACCUGAGAUGGUAUGAAUUAGCAACUGUAGGGUGCAAAGUAUAUACUACAACUUAUAAUAAUUAAACAGGCAUUUGGGUUGCUCACAAUAAACAGACUUUAAAAAAGGAGUUUUGUGCUGAUAUUUUUAUAUUAACUCUUCAAUUUGAGGUUUUAGUACUGUAUACUGGUAUUUUAAAUUUAGCAUGAGAGAAUUAUAAGCAAGAGAGAAGAUUUUAUAGCGGAGAACCUGUAUUAUACAGGAUACUUUGCAAUAAGUAAAAUAUUCUCAUAUUUAAACACAAUAAAAGGUUGUCUGGAACAUGUCAAAAAGAUUGGUUACCUGCAGCUAUCUUUGAUUCAUUUUAUUUUACACAGGUGUAGCCAGGAUUUAGAGUCAAAAGGUUAAAACGACAAUACAUUUUUGACGUAAUGAAUGAAACAAAGUAAAGUAAUGACUCUGAUUGUGUAUGUUUAGUGUUUUUUAUCCUCUCUGGAAACUCUGUCUUAUCCGUUAAGUGGCUCAAUUAUAUUUUUUAAUUAAACAAGAUUAGCAAACACCUGGAAAUCCAGAAGCUGUUAACUUUCUUUCUUUCUACAAGUUUGGUUUUUAUACACUGGAUUUUACGGUUUCUUCAGAAAAACAAAGUUCUUUAAUGUUUUCAUCCUAACAUUAUCAAGAUUGGUCUGUGGCUAAAUUUAUCUAAGUAAGUAAAAGUACCUGCUAAAUUAGAGCUUUAAUAUGAUUGGGUUGAUUUUUGGUACAUCAAAAAAUAUAAACAAAUGCAAAAUUUUACUGACUUUCUCUAUGUGAAAUAUUUUUGUUAAUUUAUUUCUAAGGAAAAAGAAAUCAGUUAAAAUCUCUGUCCUUUAAAGUAAUUGUUUUUUUCCAAGUAAGCAUGAUGGCAACACAGUUAGGGCCUAGUCUCCAUGGCAUAAAGAAUAUCCUGUGCCCUCAACAGCUCUCGCAGUAGCCAUUCUGCACGUGGUUGUCCAGGCCACCAGAGAAAGUAAAAAGAGACUGAAUUACCUAUUAUGUGUUUUUUGUUUUUAAUAAAGAUACUGAAGAGCCAAGUAAAAGCAUAGCAGAGAGACCAGCUAGUGUUUUUUUUUUUUUUUUUUUUUUUUUAAAUAGAAUUCCAUUAGGGAGAUAAUGUUCACAUUUACUGAUAAUGGGUGAUUCCCUGUUUUUAGUCCCAAGUUAUACUCCCAUAUUCCUUGCUGCAAUGGAAAUGCCCUGCAAGUAAAAUAAUAUUACUGGGACAUACUUAAAGUAUUUUUUAGCAUUCCAGACUUAUUUGCUGGUGACCUCCAUUUUUCUGAGUUCACACCUGACCUGUCCACCCAAUUCUGUUUUCAAAACCCAUUUUGCUAUUGAAUUUCUGUUGACUUUCACAAUCAUUUGGUGGACACCUCAUGUGAGAACCACUACUCUAAUUGUUAUCUUUUGUGACACAGUUUAACAUUUUGAAACAAAGAGGAUUCCUGAAAUUUAUCUAUCUACAUAAAGACUGCAUUAGGUUAUGUAACUCCACAAAAUCAGCAUAAUUCAGAAGUAGAGCUGAAAACCUGGAAUACCCAUCCCCCCAUAUUUUGUCCUGCAAUAUGUGUCUGAAUCUCUCUUUUUGCAGAACCUGGAAAGAGACGAGAAAGCAAGUCCACAAAUUGUCCUGCAAGUCCUUCAUUGACUUGCUGGCUGUCUGUUCACCUCUCUGAGGGACCUCAAAAAAAUAAAAAAGAACAGAAGAUGACCAUGAAUGAACUGGAGAAGCCAAGUAAGCAGUCGUCUUCCCAGUCCCCUCAAGUUACAGCAGCAUCAUAAAUGAACCCUUUUGAAGAAACGUUGAGUGUGCCUAUUGGAUUGAGUUAGCUUUGCUUUGCACGGUGGUGUCAUGAUGCUGACCAUGUGUGUGGUGCCCUAAGUACAAUCACUGGAAAGGGAGAGAAAACAUAUGUCUGCCAAAUUUUAAGACUGCUCAGAAGAUUGUCUUAAAUGGAUGAGAGGGAGGAAGGGAAAGGGGAGAAAAGCAGGCCCCAGAGAUGUACAAGAUCUUGCUGCUAUAUAGGCCUGCUUCAGGGAUUAUCAAGGGGACUGGCUGAAGUAUGGGGGUGAAGGAGGAUGACCAAGAGUAAAAGACGGUAUGAUGAGCAUAGGCACUGGGACAGGACAAGCCUGUAAAGGAGAAGGACAGGUCUGAAGGGGCAGGUAGUUUGUUGGUAGGAAAGCUUAAAAAACAACAAAAGUGUUAGCAGCUGAGGUCCCAUCCUUUGUGUGGUGAGAAAACAUGGAGGUAACAAAGCUUCAGCAUGGGGAGAAGUGCAGCAUUGUACUCGGGGGAGCUGGGCCACCUUCAGAGGUGGAAAGGAUGCCUGGCACACUUGCAAGGACACAAGCCCAGUAUUGCACACAGAGCAAUGGAAUUAAACAACAAUUCACUUGCUACACAGUAACUCAGUAAUUUUUUUCCUGAGCCAAAACGGUAAUGGGAAACUUCUUGGUGUUGCGUUACCUGCUGGUGAAAAAGAAUCUUCAUAUUGUUCCUUUAGCAAAAUAUUAGUUCUUAUUUUUUAAAGGUGAAGGAAAAAAGGGAGGUUCUCUGUGGAUUUGUUAGUCAAAAACAAAUAGCCCUUCUGUAGCAGACUUCAAAACUGAUGCAAAUACUUUCUCUCCAGGAACUGGAAUGAGCGAGCCUGAGGAGGAGAUUUUAUUUUAAUGAUUUUUGUGGAGAGUUUUUAUCCAAGGUUGGAGUUGCAUAUUGUCAAAUUCUUACAAAUACUAAUUUGUAUGGAUUCCAGAGGAUGAGAAGCAAAAAGCCAGGGUCAUCUGAGAAAAGGCCAAAGGCCCUGUGUUAUCGAUAAAGCCCUUGCAUUUGCCUUCUUCUGUUGUCAUGCGCAUGUACUGAUGAUAGAGCAAUCUUUAUAACUCCUACUGUAAAAAUAUAAAUCUUUCAAAACUAGCUUUUAACCUCUGAGAAAACAGAGCCCUGGGCUCUUACUAUUUGCUUGGUAGAAAUCUCCAUGAAGCCAUAUCUAUCUAGCAGUGACCAUGUCCAGCACAGAGCAACCAAGGGAAUUCUUGGGAAGGAGCUUUGUAAUUUCCUUCUACAUCAGACACCAAAUUACGAGCCCAAAAAUAUGGCAAGUUUAAUGGAAAAAAUAUGUUAAUCCCUUAAUGUUGCACCCUAAUUAUAAAUUGCCAUGUUUGUACUUCUAUAAGUAUUUUAAAUAUUGAGAAAGGAAUCAAAAAAGAUACUUUUAAACCUUUAUUGAAAUUCAGACUGAUAUUUAGCAAUCAAGGGGUUAAGCAAUUUGAGUUAUUUUCUUCCUAUAUCUACAAUCAGUAUAGCUCUAUAUUCUUCAGCAGUGCUACACUGUUCUGAUCACCUGAGUCUUUGGCUCUGCGUUACUUAUGAAAUAGUCAGUUUGUGCUUAACGUUUUACAGGAACUAGUUGAUGACACCAGAAUUGUUUAUGCUUGUGUUAUCUCUAAAAAAACUCUAACUGAUACUGUAUAAUUUUAAUAUUAUAACAGUUGGUACUAAAAAUGCAUCUGAUGAAAUAAUGCUAAGAUUAUGCUUUUAUUAAUACAAAUAUAAGACCACUUUCAAAUGAAGAUUUUGUGCUUAGAUCAAUUAUACUAUGCUUAUAAACCACUUCUUACUGUGGAAAUAAUUAGCAGACAACUGAAUGAAGAGAAUCAUAAUUUUAAAAGAAGCACUAAAAAACUAAACAAAUAUAGAAAGAGUAUCUAGUUACUUUAGCAUUAUAUUAGUUUAAACGGAUUUCUUCUUGGCUGUAAAAAAAUGUAAGUUAAAUAAAAAGAGUACUUCUUGUGACUGACAAGGGAAGAAACUACCAGAGCAAAAGCACUCUUUAAUCUUAGCAUUUUCAAAACAUACAGGUUUGGGGGCUGAUCCCACAUUGUGCUGACACCCACUGCAGGUGCUGGCCCUUGAAUAAAUAGAGACUUUUUUGUACUCGUCAUUCCUCACUCUCAUGGUAAGUGUUUUACAAGCGCCUCUGAUGCAAAGACCUAUGGCAGCCAGCAUCGGCGUGCCCGGUCCAUGGCUAUUGGGCCAUGGCAGGACUUCUUUGGCUGCCCAAGGCUGGGGCAGCAGCAGAGGCCUCACUGGUGAGGGUGGUGGGGAGAAAAGGUGGGAGAGACCCUGGCAGGUAGCCCCAAGCCUCCCCGUGCCUUGCAGGGCCUACGCUUGUCUGGUAGGGCACUGUGGGGCCUAUGGCAUGGUGCGCACAAAACCAAGGGGGCGGUCAGGUGUCCUGCUGGAUUUCCUUGUUACAAACACUACCUCAAGGGGAAAGAUGGGCCUGUGAACUAAAGUGAACAAGGCUGUUCGUCUGCAGACCAUGCGGGGUGAAAGCAGUUCAAAAAGUAGAGUCAGGGCUGUAAUGAUAACCAAGUUUAUUCUUUAAAGCACUGAGGAAUGGGAUUGUGCUUCUCAGUGGGAUAGAUAAGUAAGAAAGCAAAGAUUUAAAGCAAAGCAGUGCUCUGUAUGUGUAGCAUGAUAUAUACAAUGCACAAGGCUAUAUCACAAGGAGGCUGAGUUUCCUGAUUUGGUUUUGGACAUUCUGGGUAUGAAGACCCCGGGUUCCUCUGCCUCACCAUGGCAUCAGCUAUGGCCACCUCCAGGCCUGCAGCUGCUUCAAGCGGGCAGAAUAAAAUACUGGGCUGCUGUUUGAUGUGAUGAACACAAUAUUUGUCUGGGUGUUCCUGCUAAAUUUUUGUCUGCUGGGGAAUGGUGAUGAUGUAAAUUGUGACCCAUUACACUUUGCAUUGGGAUUUUGUACACAGUAUGAUAUACUAGGUAGAACAUUUUGUCAGGAAAAACAAAACAAAGAAUUCAAGUAGUAGUUAGAUGAACAUAUGUAAAGUGUGAAAAAGCUGCUGAAGAAUAGAUUACAUUAAACAUUUACCAGCAAGUCAGUAAAAAAUAGUCCUUAUAUACAUUAAAAAUCAUUUAAUGUUCUAAAAAUAAUUUUUAAAUUUACCCAGUAUGUGUUGUACCUUUGAAUCUUAAGAAGCAGCCACUCUUUUAUGUAAACAUAAAAUAUGCCUAUGUUUCUUUUAACUCUGCAGCCUUUUUUUUUCUCCAAAUAAAUUUGUUAAAUUCUGUGCACAAAACAUUACCACAGCCUGCUAUUUAGCCUAUGGUGCCUUAGAGUUACUACAAAUAUUUAACAAAAUGUACAUAAUGUAAAUACUGCCAAAAGAUCACUAAGGCCAAAUAUUUUCUCUAUUCACUUUUUACUGCACUUGCUUUCUAUUGCUCUUUAAGCCUCUUUUAUCCAGCUUUGUAACAGUUACAACAUUGUAGCCAAUGUAAAUGUUUACUUUCAAUAAAUCAGAAUUUGUUCAACAA